CUGCUCUCGCUCAGCCCACCACCACCCUGUCAACCACCCCGUCGCCCUUCAACCCCCUUCUACAUCUGCCCGUGAAUGAGGACGCAAUCUACAAGGCACGCUGCGCACCUCGCCGCCCGCCCAUCCCCCGAAACACCCCGGUCUAGAAUGCUCAGACCCUACAUCGCCGAGUCCAGCGCAUAUCGACAUUCAUCUGACGGCCCGCGGUGGGUCAGUCACACCCCCUGGGUCAAGAACCACCAUGCUCGCCACUCUGGGCGCCUCCGCCCUCCCGUCCAGCGACCAUGAGCUGGACACCGACGAUCUCCACGCGGAGGACUUCGACGUGGAUGCCGAUGACGAUGCCUCGGGCUCGAAGCCGAAAAAGAAGAGAAAGCUGAUCAAGUCGGGAGACAAGAAGUACGGCUGUCCUCAUCCGGACUGUGGAAAGGCAUAUUCGCGCGCCGAGCACCUGUAUCGGCACCAACUCAACCACACCCCCAAACAAAUCUAUCACUGCGAUUUCCCCGGAUGUGACCGUCACUUUGUCCGGGCGGACCUCUGUGCGCGACACAAGGAGCGCCAUACCUCCAAAGGCUCGCAUCUACACCGAAAGGAUGCGUUCAUGCACGGCCAACACUCCAGCUCCAAUGGCUCUCGGCCCGAUACGCCCACAGAUGCAAGCAUUGCCAGUCCCGUGCCUGGCCCUCACACAAGCCAGUUCUUCCAGACUACCUCCGACCCUUUCACCCACCCAACGUCCAUUCGUCAGGACAGACCAUUGUCCACGGACGGGUAUGACUCCAUGUCGGAAUUGACGACUACCAAGUCUUCACAUAGCAUGCACCAGGAUUCACAUCUCGAUGCUUACAAUGCGUAUAAUGGCAGCAUGAUCGUGCCAUCCAUCCCGCACUCGACCCCGGUCGAUGAUCGGAGCUACAACUACGUCGGCGUUUAUCCCACCCGCUCGAGCGCCCCAGAUUCCAGUCAUACCUUGAACCCGUUCACCAAUCCCAUGCAGAGCUCCAUCAGUCCAGCGCAGCAGAAUGGCGGCGUCUACACGCUGCUGACUGGCCCGUCGCCUUCGUCGUCCAAUCCAGCCUUCCGAUCUCCGACCGACUACUCAAACAUCUCUGCGUUGCCGUCUUACGGCUAUCCCACUACGAGCUACGGAGGCCCAAGCGGUACGCGGUCGGAGAAUAUGCUGUCGCCACCCACGUUUGGCACAGUCGAUCAGCAGCUGCCCACCAGUAGAUCGAAUAGCAUCUUCGACUUUACUGCGUUCGACUCCAUGGGCACGGGCUACGCCAUGCCGGUGUUCGGGAGUGGCACUCCGCUCGCGCGGUCUCCGCCUCCCGCAAUGGACGAGAAUUUCCUCAACAUGCUCUUCAGCUCGAACGGCAUCGACGUGAACGAUGCCACUUCGUCCGAGCCCGAGUUCGAGGCGAUGCAGAUGACGCCCGAUGUGAAUGGCUUCUUGCCCAAGAUGGAGCGAGGCGGCACGUCGAACGAUGCCUACCUCUACUCCCCAAGCUCCGCCUUCGACACCAAUGCACCUCAGAGCGCUUUGAGUGUGGAGACACAGCAACGACUCCUCGAUCUUGUGCACAGCUUUUCCGAGAUCAAGGACAAUCCUGGUCGAAGAUCGAAGGCGGACAUCCUUGCCGGCAAUGCCCAGUAUGCCCCUCACGUCAUGAGCCUGCAAAUGCUGAGAACCUACCUCGCGAGCUUCUGGCUGCACAUACAUCAGCAAAUGCCCAUACUGCAUCGGCCGACGUUCAAUCCCGACACGUGUCCGGCGCCUCUACUGCUCUCGAUGAUGUGUCUGGGCGCGACGUGUCUCGAGCGUGCGCACACGCUGGAAAUGACGUCCGCGUCCGCGGAGUUUGCAUUCUUCAUUGCGUACCACAUCCGCUGGGAAGUGUUCAAGGAUGCCGAGUUUCGCCCGACGGCCAAAUUGUGGACAUUCCAGUCGAUGUUACUACUGGAGCUGUUUGAGAAGAUGUUCAGCACGCGCGAACUGCAUGAACGAGGCCAUGUGCAUCACGCAACCACUUUGACGGUGAUGAGACGAGGGUCGUCGCUGGUGGGCCGAUGUGCAAUCGAGACACCCGGGCGAUCUCAAGAUCCUACAAGAACUCCGCCCGGGCCGGAAGGGACGAUCAAUGCCAGCGGGCAGAACACGGGGGAUGCAUUUUGGAAUCGAUGGAUCACCGCCGAGGCAACGCGGCGAGCCGCCUUUGCCGCGUUCAUCAUCGACUCUACCCACGCCACGAUGUUUGGGCAUUCGGCCAUCACGUCGCCCCACGAAUUAAAGCUGCCACUUCCGUGCGAUGAGGCGCUCUGGGCGGCGACGAGCAGUGCGGAGGUACAGCGGGGAGAGGCGGGUUCAACGUCGAACGGAUCCAAGGUCAUCACAUUUCUCGAAGGCCUGCGACGAGUGCUGAACGGACAGAAGGUCCGCACGAAUACGUUCGGCCGCGUCAUCCUCAUGGCCGGCCUGCUCAACGUCAGCUGGCACAUGAACCAGCGAGAUCUACAAGUAUCUUCCCUGCGGGCGCCGGGGACGCUGGGCAGUCAGAUCAAAUGGCGGUCGCCGCUGACCCGCGCCUUUGACUUUUGGCGACGAGACUUUGACGAGAGCAUGGCAAAGAACGAGCACUGGUCGUCAGCGGGCAGUUCAAUGCGGAACAGCGAUGCCGGCCCGCUCGAUCACCGCGAGAUUGUCUUCGAGUCUCGCACCUGCUUGCACAGUCUGGCCCACAUGGCGAUGCACGUCGACAUGAUCGAUUGCCAGCUCUUCGCGGGAGCGGAACGGGCGAUUGGGCGCAUGGUGACGGACGGAGAUCGAGCAGCAGUGCAGCAGCGAAUGCGUGAGCAGUGGGCGCCAAGUGCGCGCGCCCGCGACGCCGUCUUCUACGCCCUUCGCUUCCUUUGCGAAGUGCUGAUUCCCGAGGAGGAGCUGGGAUGGAAGCAGCAGCAGCAGCAGCAGCCGCCGCCGCGGCCGAAAGCGCCCACCUUCCGAUACAGCGCGCGGAACGAUUACCUGCUCAACCGGCCGUGGGUGCUGUACUUUGCGACGCUGAUUGUGUGGUGCUACGGCUACGCGCUCGACGGGCCCAUUGUGCCGUCCAACUACACGCUGACGAGCCGCGAGCUGCAGGUGCACGACAUGCAGCGCUAUCUGAUCCGCAUGGGCGGCGUGGCGAGCCCGGACGAGCUGGAGCGGCUCCGAAAUCGCAACUCGUGCCUGGGCUUGCUGCUGCUGCUGCGCGAGACGUUCGAGGAGCCGCGGUGGGAACUCAUGCAUGAAGCAGCCGAGACGUUGAGCUCGUGCAUUGAUCUGCUCUUGCCUCGGCGAUCUUCCGUCGGUGGGUCGUGAGGUACAUGUAGACAGAGGGAGGGCCGGACGGUUGCGCGGCAUGAUCCGGCGGGGAAGGCGAAAAGGUGAAGCGGCGCACGCGUGAAGUUGGCAGUGGUGUGAAUUUGUUGCAUAUGGGCGGCUUUAGUGAUACCCCGACUGCUGCCGGCAAAUCCUGCCUUGAAUAAUGAGCCAGAUCAGAAAUCUAAAUGCUUAUGGACUUGCGUGGACAUGGCUUGCCGCCACCCAUCUUCCCUCAGCCCGCACCACCGUCGUGAGUCGUGAAAUGCUUGAGGUACACUUGGCCAGCGUGUGUUGGGUGCAGUUCGCUUGGGGAAGGCAGAAGUGGGGUGGAGGGAAGUGGGGUGAAAGAGCUUCACCACCGACCGAGGCUGCUGGGCGCGUUGAAUUACUGGCUGCGGGGAGGAAUUAGUGAGGGCCUUGCGCUGCGCAGGCCUUCGCUUGACUGCAGGUGGUGCAAGUCUGGGCGCGCUGCGGGGCGGCGGCGGCAUGGGCC